ACCUCACGUCCUCACCUCACCUCACCUCACCUCUCUCUAUAAAUAUAUUAUUUCCCACAUUCAAACACUCAAUUUUCUCACUCUUCACAAUUCAACCAUAAAAAAAAAAAAGAAAACCCUUCUUCUUGUACGAGAAAGGCAAAAACUCAUCAUUCUUAGUAGUCUUUAAAUACAUAAAUUUAUAUAUAUAUAUAUACAUAAAUGGGUUGGUCUGAAUCGGAGCGAGGUUGCAAGAGGCACCCGACAGCGAACCGGACGCCAGGGGUUUGUUCGGAUUGUCUAAGAGAAAGGCUCUCUCAGCUCUCCGACUCGUUCAAUAGGAGAACGACGACGUUUGGUCCCACCGCCGACGGAUAUCCUUUCUUCUCUUCUUCUUCCACUGCUUUUACGUCUCAUUAUUCUUCCGGUGGCGCGUCCCCGGCGCGUGGAACGAAACACCACCGGAAUGCGUCGGAGAUGAUGGGGUCGAUCGCGUUGUUUUUCAGCGUUGGCGGCGGUGGUGGCGGGCUGAAGAAGAGUAGGUCGAUUGCGUUUAUUCCGAAGAGGAGCAGUAGUACUGCUGGUGGUUUGGAUGAUCAUGGCUUUCGUCCCGAGGGUAAAACUGGAAAAAAGAAAAGUGGGUUUUGGUCUAAAUUGCUUGGAAAUACGGGGAAGAGGAAUAAGGAGGCUACGAAUUUUAGAGAGAGUUUUAGAAUCUAAUAUAUAUUUUACAUGGUGUAAUUAGUUAAUUACUUACUGUCUAUUUUGCUGAACCAGAAGAAAAUUAAGCAAAUUUUUAAGCGGAAAUAUAAUGUAAUUUCUUUUUUUUACUUAGCUUUGGUUUCUGCAAAUUUUGAGCUCAUGUACAUGGAGAUAUAUGGCAAAAUAAGAGAGUGUUAUGAAAUCAAAUUUUGUUUUAUUUAUUUUUUAAAUAAUAAUAAUAAAAAGCUAAUAUGCAAUACAUAUUAUGUAUA